AUGGCUUCUUCCCUAGUCGAUACAUUGACAGCUUCUGGAGGCGCUGAGUCUGCAGGGUUCCUCAACGACAUUGUCGCUCAAUUGUGGCCCAACAUCUGUGUGGCUGGCGCCCAGAUUGCAAAAGAUACCGUAGAGCCAAUCCUCGCUUCUACUCUCCCAGGGCCCCUUUCCAACCUCAAGUUUGUGAAGCUUGACUUAGGCAAAGUCCCUUUUCAUUUCUCCAAUGUGGACGUUCACAGGACCCCUACCGAGGGAAUCAAGCUUGACAUGGAUGUGAAAUGGGAAAGCGUAUGCGAUAUUGAGCUCGAUGGUUCUCAUGUACCUAAGAUUGGUAUCGAGGGGGCGCACCUGAAAGGCCGGCUGACAAUACUACUUUGCCCUCUCAUAAACGUCAUUCCUCUGAUCGGCGCCAUUCAGGUCUCCUUCAUCAACACACCGAGCCUUAAGCUUGACUUCACAGAUGCCGCAAAUAUUGCCGACUGUUUCUUGAUCGAGAAGACCGUACGAAACGUCAUUCUUGGCAUCAUCGAAGGCAUGGCCGUCCUUCCAAACCGCUUUCUCGUCAAACUCGACAACAACAACGACUACUUCAAGACCUACCAACCCCAUCACGGCAUCAUCCGUCUGACAAUCGAAAAGGCAACCGGCAUCACGGCCCCCAAGAAAAAGUCUGGCGUCUCCCGACUGCUAGCCAAAGUCGUCAAGGACGUGCCAGACUGCUACGUCAAAGUCAAAGUAGGCGCCGAAGCAGAAUGGCGCACGUCUGUCCAAAAGAACGACCACGACCCCGUCUGGAACGAGACUCACGACUUUCUAGUAGCAGACUACGAGCAGGGCAUCUCGGCCGACAUUCAAGACGACGACCUAGCUGGCGACGACGACAUUGGCCUUGGCUACACCACCAUCAAGGAAGUCCUCCUCAACGGCGGAACGCAUGAGCUCGCCCUCUCCCACAAGGACGAACCCACAGACGCCCGUCUAACCGUACACGCCCAAUUCUACAAUUUCGUCCCCGAAGCCUCGCUCCUCUCCGCCCAAAGCGCCGCAAACACCGCUCCUGACUCCAUUUGCGGUCUCGCUACCAUCCUCGUCGCCAGCGCGUUGGGUCUCCAGGGCCAGCGCGACGAACUCAAUCCCAGUGUGCGGGUCACUUGGGGCGACAAGACGUUUGCAACGCCGGCCAAGACGUACACGCCCGGUACGGAUAUCUUCAAUCCGUCGUUUGAUCAGGCGUUUAGGAUCCCGUUGACGGCUAAUAUGCUUGCCGAUCCGGCAGCCAUGGGUAACUUUAGAAUCUCGCUGAUGAACAAGGGCGUGGAGAGUGGGACUGCGGAGGUUGGGUUCGAGGAUGUGCUGGGAGCGCAGGGGUUGACGAGGGAGGACAGCUUUGAUGUUGGGGGUGGAGCGACUGUUAGAGCGAAGGUCAUGUUGCAGGGGAUUCAGUUGGCUCAGUAG